AUGGGGUGUAUCUUGUUCCCCGAUCGGACUGGAGCUACAGUUCAUCUGCAGUAUCUACUACUGUUGGAGAAUUGGCGGAGCGCUGGAUGCUACGCUUGGGAAGCAGCUGUUCUAGCCUACCUGUACCGUGAGAUGGGUAGGUCGGUUCUGCAUAUGACACAGUCCUCUUCCACCGGAGGUGACCUUGGUGGCUGGGUCGCCUUGCUGCAGCUCUGGGCGUGGGAGCGAUUCUCAGUGAUAGCACCACGACAUACAGUGACGGAUGAGCCUAUCACAGAGGACGCAUAUCCACAUGGUGCUCGAUGGCUUCCGACCAUGUCCCGUCAGCAUGGUGACCAGCUCUUCAGUUAUAAGUUGUUUUUUGACUUGCUGUCGACAAUCGUGAACGAGCCUCAUCAUCCAACUCCUGAGGCUGAGAUUAGGUGA